AUGUUUCAGCAACACCCGCUCGACGCGAAUGGAAAACUCCUCCGUCGCUUCUACGAACCAUUGACUCUACUUCGGGUGAUGGACCCAACUCGCGGAGCGCAGCGUCCUGAUUUAACAUCGGACCGUGGCCUGGAUGAACAGUCAAAACUUUGGCGCAACUUUCUCGAUCAACUUGCAUUUGUAUGCGACUCCGAAAAGCGCGGAGAUACCGUGGCUGCAAUCGCUGCACAACGGAGUUUUGAACAUCCAAUCUUUUCCCUUGCAUCCAACUCAAAAUCGAGAUCUGAAGCAAGAGGUCACCUCUGUUGGGUUCUUGCUGCUCUAGGCCAAAUCCAUACGAACGAAAAGCCCCGUUUGCAAGUGGAAGACGAGAUUCGAACUCGAUGUAUUGAUUUCAGCCAUCAAAGAAUCCAAACGUAUUCUAGAUGGCUGAUUCAAGCAAUCCAAACUGCAACCAAUAUGAUGGAUGAAGUCUCGAACGCUGAAGAUGCGUUUAUUUUAAAGGAGUUCCAGCAAUUGGAGACGCUCAUAUCUACUCCUCACCGACAGUGUUCACAUGCUCACACUCUUCGGAGAUGCCGAUUGAUGGAAAUUCUGAGCAUACGACAUGUUGCACAUGCGCAUCGCGGGGUCUGGUCUGACCUUCGUCAUUAUCUCGGACGGCUGGGGUCCUGGUCAAAGGCUGUGCAAAUUUUGGUUCUCGGCGCGGUGACAUUCCCCCAGCGGAUCGAAAAUGCCCAAGUCGAAAUCAUCGGAACCAACGGGCCAGCUGACUUGCCGAACAAGCUUCACUCGACUGAUCUCGUCGGCGUCGUGAGACGCAUGGUUCCCAUAGACCAAAUUGUGGUGUUCGAACAGCUAAAUCAAGCACUUUCAGAAGCAAACGCGGUCGCCGAAGUCGAGGACAGGUUUCGGCAAGAGUACGCGCAAAUUAAACCCCGUCCGCACGCAGAACUACUUAUUCUCGAGCACUUCUAUCGCAAUGGACUCGACUUCGUCACGGAUGACAGAUACAUCGGCUGCAGCAAGCCUUCCUGCUACUGCUGCCAUAUCUAUAUGCAAUGCCACCCGGGGCGAUUUGCUCCUCGGCCCUGUCACGGGAAUCUGUGGAUCAACUGGGCCCCUCCAUAUCCUCUCCCCAUCCCUGACCCUCAUGCUGUUACUACUAAAGGAACAGCUCGGCCGCAGAAGCACCAUACCUUCAAGAUGCUACAGGACAUGCUUAUCUACAUCCGUCGAGACCUGCAGGAACAAAUACUUUCUAGACGACCCGAGAGAGCAAGGCUACCGGAUUCAACCACGGGAAUGUCCAGCGUCGUGCUUGACCUGGACGCACUUCUAGGCUCGGCUCGAAACGCCAGUCAGCCACACAACGGCCACAAUUCCAACAAUCUAGAUGAUCAUGGGGUAUCAGUGCUAGUGUCGAGGGAUUCUGAGAGACGGAGUGCAGGGAAUCGCACGUCCCAGGAGGUCCCAUCAACAAAUGAGCCCGAGCAAAGCACCGAACAGGAUCAAAAAGGGUUUCCUGAGGGGCAAUAUGAGCACUUUACAGAUAGCGAUGCUUCAGAAAUCAUAGUGUUCCGCGGAAGAAAGAAGGUUAAUUCAUCCUAG